GGCGGGGGGAGGAGGAGGAGGAGGAGGGAGAGCCCGAACGCCUGGGCCCCGCGCGCGAAGCCCUCCAGCGGGCCCCGCGCCGCCACCGUCCUUCUCCUUUCCCCGCCCUCCCCCCCCCUUUCUGCCUUCGCCCAGGCCGCGAGAGCGCCUGCGUGGCGGCGCGCGGGACUCGUUCUCCUCCUUCGCGGGGGGGGCCCCCCUCCUUUCCUCACCUUCGCCCCCUCCCCUCAGCCAGAAGAAGCCGCGGCGGCGGCCCUGCGGGGGCCGAGCUGAAAAGCCGGGACGGGGCCCCGGAAAGGGAGAAGCUGGGCCUUGGGUUUGUUGACCGACCGGCCGACCUACCACCCCUCGCCUCUCCUGCUCUCGGCCCGCUGGACGCGGGGAAAGGAGGGCCUCGCCAAGAGCAGGUCCAUUUUGAGUAUUUGUCGCAGCAAGUAUACAAGUAAAAUGGGCGUCAAAACAUUUACCCACAGUUCCCCAGCUCACAGCCAGGAGAUGCUUGGAAAGCUGAACAUGCUACGUAAUGAUGGACAUUUCUGUGACAUCACCAUUCGUGUCCAAGAUAAAAUCUUCAGAGCACACAAGGUAGUUCUGGCAGCUUGCAGUGACUUCUUCCGUUCCAAAUUGGUUGGCCAAGCAGAAGAUGAUAGCCAGAGUGUACUUGACUUGCAUCACGUGACUGUGACUGGCUUUCUGCCUCUUCUGGAAUACGCCUACACGGCAACAUUGUCUAUUAACACUGAAAACAUUAUUGAUGUCUUGGCUGCUGCUAGCUAUAUGCAAAUGUUCAGCGUUGCUAGCACCUGUUCUGAGUUUAUGAAGUCAAGUAUUUUAUGGAACACGCCCAGUAGUCAGCAAGAAAAGGUGCUAGAUACAGGCCAGGAAAACAGUGCAAACUGCAAUUUUACAUCACGGGAUGGCAGUCUUUCUCCAGUUUCCUCGGAAUGCAGUGUGGUAGAAAGAACCAUACCUGUCUGCAGAGAAUCGCGGCGGAAGCGUAAAAGCUAUAUUGUAAUGUCCCCAGAAAGUCCACUUAAGUGUAACACCCAGACAAACUCCCCACAAGUUUUGACUACUUCAGCUUCCUAUGCAGAGAGUAGAAGUCAUCCUGUAGACUCUUCCUUAUCUUUUCCUUGGACUUUUCCUUUUGGAAUUGACCGAAGGCUCCAGUCAGAAAAAGUGAAACAAGUAGAAAAUUCUCGGACUCUAGAAGUGCCUGGUCCCUCUGAAGCAUCUAGAAGAAUUUCCGAUUAUAUGACGUGUGAGAGCACAAAAACCACUUCACCCCUGGUGAUUGAAGAAGAUGUGCGUGUAAAAGUGGAAAGGUUGAGUGAUGAAGAAGUACAUGAGGAAGUAUCUCAGCCUGUUAGUGCAUCCCAAAGUUCUUUGAGUGACCAGCAGACAGUCCCUGGGAGUGAACAAGUUCAGGAGGACCUUUUGAUCAGUCCACAGUCGUCAUCUAUAGGUUCAAUAGAUGAAGGUGUCACUGAAGGAUUACCAACACUCCAGAGUACUUCUGGUGGGAAUAUCCAUGUGGAAGAUGAUGACCGACUGGAGAAUGUCCAAUACCCUUAUCAGCUCUAUAUUGCUCCUACAACCAGCAGCACAGAAAGACCUAGCCCAAAUGGUCCUGACAGACCUUUUCAAUGUCCAACUUGUGGUGUUCGAUUCACCCGUAUUCAGAACUUAAAACAGCACAUGCUCAUCCACUCAGGCAUUAAACCAUUUCAGUGCGACCGCUGUGGGAAAAAGUUCACCCGGGCUUACUCGCUAAAGAUGCAUCGCCUGAAGCACGAAGGUAAACGCUGUUUCCGGUGCCAGAUAUGUAGUGCCACUUUCACUUCCUUCGGGGAAUAUAAACACCACAUGCGGGUUUCCCGGCACAUUAUCCGCAAGCCUCGGAUUUACGAGUGCAAAACAUGUGGCGCCAUGUUCACCAACUCUGGAAAUUUAAUCGUUCAUCUGAGGAGUCUGAACCAUGAAGCGUCAGAGCUAGCAAACUACUUCCAGAGCAGUGACUUCCUAGUACCAGACUACUUAAACCAAGAACAUGAAGAGACUCUUGGCCAGUACGAGCUAGGAGAGCAUGGAUUUGAAAGCAGCUCUUCUGUCCAAAUGCCGGUUAUUUCGCAGGUCUCAUCGACGCAGAAUUGCGAAAGCACUUUCCCGUUGGGUCCUCUGAGUGGGCUGUUAGAAAAGGAAGAAGACCUGCCAGAGCAGCCAAAAACCAUCUCAAGCGCCGAGGCCGGCCGAGAGGAGCUCCCGAAGGCCGGGCUCUCAUCUAUCACGAUCGAAUAAGUCAAAAGUUUGAUUUCGGGUUUUUGGAUUUUUUUUUUCCGUCUUUUUGGAAAGUGCCUGUGUUUUGGUCUUGUACAUUUUAAUUUAAUUUUCAGGAGGGGGCGGAGUGAAUGUACCCCUUUCCAUUUGAUAAGCUAUGCUGUUUAAAAGCUCUAAACUGCAACCAAUGUCACACUAUUCUUCACACCUUAAAACGGUCCCUUGUAUGGAAGCAUUUGAAAAUGCAGAGGAAAAAGUUGGUCAGAAUAAGAUGGUUCCAUUCGAAAGAGCAGCCAAGCACACACCAAGUGCAAAAUUAGGCCUAACAACUUUCGGCAUUGGUUUGCCACCCUAAUUUCGCAGCACCUCUGGUUAAGGAAAAAGAUAUUGAUGGCUGUUAAAGAUUUGUUUUGACUACAGUAUCCAGUUCAAGCAGUUAAAUAACUAGUGUCGUAGAUGUUUGAUCAUUUUGUGUUUUUGUUUUUGUUUUUUUUAGUUAGAAGGAAUCACUUUUAGUCUUUCAGUUCUGUGGCAUGCGCAUCGUUAAAACCAGAUGAUUCAUUGGCUUUGGCAAAACAGGUGGGGCGGAGUUUUGCUCACCUGUGCUGGCCAUACCUUUUAUAAUCUUCUCGUGCAAAUGGCCUUAUCCAGAAACUUCAUUUCCAGAAGUCCAGCUGUCAAGAAAUCCUGCAAAUUGGUUUGCUAGGAAAGUAUAAUGAGAAGUGAGUUAACAAAAGUCAAAAGCGCCUUGGCGCAUUAAUGUGCUCUUUUCAAGUUAGCCUGAAUGUGUGUGCUAUUUACUGCAAUUUUAUUAGCCUGUGGUUUUUUUUUUUUUAGGUAAAAAGAGCCAUUUAUUUUUCUUUAGAGGCCGAGUUUCAAAUCAGUGAGAGUUGUUUACAAAAGACCUGUUUGCAAUGAUAAAAUGUUCCUAUUCUAAAUUGUUUAUAUACCCUGGCCAAGCUGGUUUCAUAAAAGCCAUUACUCUGACUUCAAGUACAGGUCCAGCAAACAAUCACCAAAUUAUUAUUUCCCCUAAAAGGAUUCUAAAGGCAACAAGGGGCAUUUACAGGCCAGCAAUUUUGGUUUUGUUGCCAGCAUCUUAUUGGUAAGUCUAAAAUGAUAUGUAAUAUUUUAUUCCCCUCGAUUUGGGUUUGUUUAAACCAUCUUUAUUUUUUUUAAGGAUGAGAUUUAUGAGGGGGACAUAAAUAAUUCGAAUUUCAUGUUAUCAGACUAAGAAUAUAGUAGAACACAAUAAAUGGGGGAAAUGUUUAAAUAAUUGUAAAAGCUUUAUGAAAAGUUUAUGAAAAGCUUUGGAAGUAAUAGUUCCAAAGAAUUUUUUUUAAAUUAGCAAAUUACGGAAUCAAAGGAGACUUACUUGUACUUCUCUGCAACUUCUUAAAGGGCUUGAUAUAAUUAUUAAAAAAGAUUAAAUUUAGAGUAUUUUAUGAGAUAGGCGUAGAUUUUUCUUCCAAUGAAUUUUAAUAAAAAAAUUAAGUCACUCUUCCAGAUUGGUAAAGAACAUGUUUUAGUAAGGGAUAUUUUCAGGUUGGAAUGUUUCAGAAUAUUUAUUAAGUAAAAUAAAUCUCAUAUCAGGAAAGAGGACAUUGGCUACAUUAUACAUACAGUGAUUUUACUCAUCUAGUAAUUAUUAAGCUAUUUAUUUUCUUCCAUAUAUGUAAGAUGAAAGCUAUUUAGUCACACAUUUCAUUGAGAGAGUUGUCUUAACAUCUAAAUUAAAAUACACCACUUUUUUGGGAGAGUGGAGGAAUCACACUAACAUAUUAACUGCAUUCCAAACAAAAUAGAUGAAUAUAAAAUAAAUACAAUAAAUAUUAAGAAAGGGUUGCAAAUUGGUUACCUCAGAUCUAAACAGAAUAGGAAGCAAAUCAGUUUAAUAUAAUAGACUUUAAAGCCUAGCAGGAAUUGUGAGGUUAUCUAACCUUGAUCCGCAGAGCCCUUUUUUGACCUACACAGUGCAUUUUGCCACCUACGAGAUCAGUAAUGGGGAGCAAUUUGCUAGCACCGGUUGUAUAUUUUGUAUAUGCUCAGGCACACAUGAUGUAUAUUUAAAAUACAUUUCAAAAAUUGAGUGCUUUUUGAAAAUAACAGCAGAACAAGGUUGGCUUCCUGAAAUGUAAAAGGUACAUUUUACCUUACAGAAAAGUAGACAUUUGUGUAAUUCCUGUCCUAUUAUAUUAUAACACACACAAAUUUCCAUAUCCUGGUACAUUUUCAGGAUUUUAUAAAGCUCCGAUCCAACUGGGGAUUAGUCCAUUUUUCUCUCGCCCUCAAAAGAGAAACCUUUCCUUACAUAAGUAUUUCCGAUCAUCAGAGCUAUUUGUCAGUGAACAAACUCAUUUUUUUUUUCAAGUUUCCCCCCUUUGGCUCGACAUGUGAAGAAGGUAGACAGGAUGACAGACAUACUUUAGUGAGUAGCGGUCAAAGUGAAGCACGCAACAAGGAAAGUAUUCGGAGUCUAAAAGCAGAGGGGGUAUCAAGUCUUCAGCAACACACACGUUUAACUUGAAAAUAUAAACCCUGCUCUGUGCACAGCCUAUUUUAAGCAAGCAGCGUGGCAAAGUGUUCCCAACUCAAGGAGCACCCAUGAAAGUCUUGUUUAGGCCCUGAACAUGUUGUAUCCUGGCCAGCAGGGGCAGCAAAUUGCGCUCCUCUCCUUAGCGACAGGCCCUCGGGUCAACUUAUUAUGGGUGAUUUUCCCCUUCCAUCCCAAUUUGAAUUUUCAAGGAGACCCUUGGCAUCCCAUCAAGAUAUGGCUACUGUCUUCCUUGUAGAGAACGACUCGGGUAACAGCUUCCAAAUGGCCCAGUAGUGAACUUAAAAAGGUUUAAAAAGGCUUUAAAAGCUCUCUAGAUUUUCAUGGAAUAGAACUCGUCUCAAUUUAAGCUUCUUUUUUUCAAGAUACUAAAGAGUUUUGUUUUUUUUCUCUUUGUGGACUGUGCCUGUCAGUAACAGGUGAUUAUUAGUAAAACAGGUUAGUAUCGGUAAUUUAGGCAACACCGUCCUUUAAAGUUGCUAGGACAGGUGCGUCAAAUGUAGGCCGGAUGCAUCAUGCCCCCCCCCCCCUGCCCGGUUUAACAAAGGGGGAGAAAUUCCCGAUCCAUCAUGUGAGGCCACAAGUUUGACACCCCUGUGCUAAGAUACACGCUUGACUAUUUAUCCAUCUGUAAUGUGCUCUCAGAGUCCAAUGUAUACGAUUCACGUUUUUGUACCAAUGAAUUGGGAGAAAGGCUUGUAUUCCCAUGGAAAGCAUCUGUUCCCAAAUUCAGUAUGGAAAGAGAUAUAUUUAUUUAGUCCUAUUUUCUGACUUCUCCCAUGGGACAAAAGGAGGAGAGAAAAGCAGACAAUUCCAUUUUUUUCUUCAAGCUGUUAUAAAAUACCCAUUUUGGGAUUGCAAAUAUUCUUUCACCAGCUUCUUAAAACUUUUUUUUUUUAACCAGUUAAUCUUUCCUCAGACUGACCAAUUUCAUGCUCCCAGUUCUAAUGCAAAUACAACAGUCAAUGUCUUUAAGAAUAGUUCUAGUUUUGGCACUUACCAUUUGUCUGGAAAGUGUAAAUGUGAAUCUUUUUGUUUAAGUAACCAGUGCCGGUGUAGCAAAAUAUAUAAAUAUAUAUAUAUAUUUUAUAAAAACUAUAGUCCCUAGGCCCCAGGUCCCCAAAGAGAUUAAAAUUGUAUUUUUUUAAUAAUGCAAAAUUUUGAAUAAUGGCAUUGGCCUGUUCGUUUGCUUUUCUUUUGUGGGGAAAGGGUUACUAAUUUUUUUUCUCACCAGCCUAAAGAUGGCAGAGGGCUAAAUCUGAAUCCUGGUAUCUUAAAAGUCUACAGAACAUGGCAACCAGGAGUAUUUGGAUAGCAUUAAAUGCAAACAAACUUUCCUUUCUUGCUUGCUGCUUUUCUGCAGAUGACAAGGCUUUUCUGUUUUUUGUUUUUGUUUUAAUAAAGGCAAAAUGAAAUAUUGCUCAUGAUCUCAGACCAUGUUAGGAAAAAAAUUCCCGCCUAGGUCCUACUGUACUUUGCAAGUUAUCAUUGGGUGGCAUGUAGGCAGGCUGAUCAAUAGAAUCCAAUUGGUAUUGUUAAAAGAUGCGGUUGUUUUUUAAAAUGCAAAAUGUGCUGUUUUUAAAGUUGGCUGUUUUUCUUUAAAUUCUCCAUAUUGUAUCAACCUAUUCCAGCUGCUUUUUCUGGAGUAUUUGGGGACCCCUGAAAAAUGGAUGGCACUGUUGUUCAAUUUAAUAUAUAAUGCUGCAUGUUGCUGGUUUAUUCGAACUACAGCCCUAGAGAGUGUAUUUCCUGGCCCAACAUCUGCACACCUGUCUUGUCUCUGGGCUGUUACAAAAACCGUACAGGGAAGGAGAUAAAGUUGUCGUUAGAAGACAGAAUCAAUUCCUAAAGGGCCAUUCUAGCAUGUGACUUUACUUACUUUCCCCUUUAACUGUGCCAGUCCCUGGUCACCAGCCACAUCUCAUUCAAACCACACACACACACACACCCCUCGGCUGUCUGUCUGUGCUGACCAUAGCUAAGCUUUUUAGCAUGUUGAUUGACUUAAUGGGAAGACAAAUGUUUUGGGUUUUUUUUAAAUGUUGAAAUACACUUUACAUUUUAUAUACUAUAUCUGGCUAUUAGUAUUUUUAAGGAACCCAUAGUUCUUGGUGGCUAUAUAUAUAUAUAUAUAUAUAUAUAUUUUUGUGACUUUUUGUAAACUAAAGUGCCGUUUCACUGUUACAAUCAUUUUUAGAGUUCUUGUAAUCAAUGUGAAUAUCAUGGUUUUUUCAAGAUUUGUUCUGAGCCUGUAGUGUUUGCUUUUGUGAUUCUCUGUGUAAUGUAUAUAUUAUGUAUAGUUACCUUGUACUGAAAUAUUAGCUUGUUUGAUAUAAGAUGAAUAUGUAUUGGGUACCUUUUUUGCUAGCCUGGUUGUUUAAACUUUAAAAAAAAAAGCCUUCAAAAUUUUGAAAAACGAUUGAUCCCAUUAUAAGACAAAAAUUGAGCAGAAAGAAAAACUAGUUUUGAGUGUCUUUGAAUAGAAACACAAUGCGAAGAUUUUUCAUUAAAACAUUAAUGUUUUACGGA